CUACCCCUUAUGUCCCUAUCAAGAAUGAGCCUGACAUCCUUUUGUCACCGCUUCUUCUUAGUUAUAUGGUGAAAUGCACACAAUUUCACCCAAACAUACUGCCAUUGAGUUGUUGUAUAUCUCUGGUGAAGAAGAUAUCUCCCUCAUUUGGGUUUUUUAGUUCGUUCACUGGACUGCAUUCUCGUAGAGGAUUGCAUACCAGUGUUACUACAGGAAAAAAGUUCCAUGUUCUGGGAUGUUGUGAGCAAGAGCUUAGUUUCAUUUUAUCCGAGGAGAAAACUUCAAAUGAAGAGACCCAGUUAGAUAGUAUUCCCAAUACUAAAGAAAGUUUUAAUUUUGAGGAUCAUAAGGAAAGCCAGAGAAGAAGAAAGAUUGGGCUAGCUAACAAGGGGAAAGUGCCAUGGAACAAAGGCAAGAGACAUAGUGCAGAGACUCGUGAGCGGAUCAGACAGAGAACAAAAGAAGCCAUGAGAGACCCCAAGGUUAGAAAGAAGAUGUCUGAAUGUCCCCGCUCUCUUAGCCCUCAGACCAAGGCAAGAAUACGCUCAUCACUCAGACAGCUGUGGGAAGAGCGUUUGAAAUGGAAAAGGUUGAGGGAGAAAUUCUCACUAUCCUGGGCUGAAAGUAUCGCCAUGGCUGCCAAGAAAGGUGGGGGUGACCAACAAGAACUAGAUUGGGAUAGCUAUGGAAAGAUGAAAAGAGAGAUGGAUCUCGAGCAGCUUCAAUGGGCUGCAGACAAGGCAAAGGCAAAGGAAAUUGCACGGAUACGAGCCGAGAGAUCAUCACAAGCAAAAGCAGAAAAGAUGGCAAGGCUUGCUGAGAAGAGAAGAGAGCAGGAACAAAAGGCAAAAGUAAGGAGACCAAUAAAGAGAAAGACACACAAAAAAUCAAAGGAAGAGAAAGAAGAAUUAGCUGUGGCUCAAGAGUUGAAGCUCAAGGAGAGAUUAACAAAGAUCCACAGAAAGAAAUCUCUAAACGGUCAAGUCACUAGCCAAGAUAAUCGAGUUUGGGAGAAAUUUGAUCCGGACAACAUAAAAAGAGAACGCAUACAAAAAGAAGUUUCACUUGCGGAUCAGAUUCGUGCUGCCAAGAACAGAAGAGCAGAAUUUGACACUUGGCAACCUCUGACAACUUCUUACUCCUUUUAUCCAUCCACUGAGAGAUCUCUUUAGCUACAAACUGGAAACAUAAGAUGAAUAGAGAGCAAGGAGACCAUUUUAUAUAGUCAUGAUUAUUUGUUUCUUACCAGCACUAGGUCGUUCAAUUGCAUGAAAUUUUCUUCUUUUUUUUUCGGAAAUUAAAGUAAUUGCAUUUUGUUUCUGGAGUGAGGAUUCUUGGAAUCAAAAGGAAAAAAAAAUGGAAUCUUGGGGUCUUAUGUGUGCAAAUCCAAUCCCAAAUUGUUACAAGAUUUCAGAUUUUGUUUUCUUCUCCAACGUUCUUUUUGACAAUCAAACAUAAGC